AUGAGGAUCGAGGCUGAAACGGUCAUCAAUGAGAACCAGUUUGGAUUUGUUAAGGGAAGACAGACAUCAGAUGCUAUUUUUGCAUUAAGACAGGCAAUGGAAAAUUACAGGGAGAAACAGAAGGGACUACACAUGGCUCUCAUUGAGCUCGAGAAAGCGUAUGACUGUGUACCAAGGUCAGAGGUAUGGAGGCGCAUGAGAGAAAAGGGAGUGAGCGAAAAGUAUGUAAUAUUGGUUCAAGAUAUGUAUAGGGAUGUAACAUCACAAAUUAGUAGCUGCGUUGGAAUAACGGAUGAAUUUAACAUCAAAGUAGGACUCCACCAGGGCUCUACUCUCAGUUCAUAUAUAUUCGACCUUAUAAUGGACGUUCUAAGCGAAGGAAUUCGAGAGGAGGCACCCUGGACAAUGUUAUUUGCAGAUGACAUUGUCUUGGUGCGUAAUACCAAUGAAUCAUUGAGAGACAAACUGUCGCAAUGGAAGAGGGCUUUGGAGGACCGAGGCUUGGAGAUAAGCAGAACAAAGUCUGAGUACCUCUCAUUUAAUGAAUUUGAGGAGGAAAAUGGGGUGGAAAUAGACGACGAGAUCAUUAAGUGGGUACCAGCUUUUAAAUAUCUAGGCUCACACGUGACAGAGGACGGUGAACUGGAUGUAGAAGUAAAUCAACGCAUUCAGUCAGGGUGGCAGGCAUGCAGAAGGUUUUCAGGAGUACUCUGCGACAAGAAGAUUAGCGCAAGACUCAAAGGGAAGGUUUAUAAAACAGCUGUGAGCCCUGCUAUCCUUUAUGGAAGCGAAACAUGGCCAAUUAAGAGGGUGCAUGAAAAGAAGAAGAAGAGGGAGACCCAAGUUAAAUUGGAGGGACAGGCUGAAAGAAGAUCUGGAAGACAAGGGACUCGGAAGGGAAGAUGCGAUGGACAGAGCAAGAUGGAAGAGGCGAGCGAGGAACAGCGACUCCAAAUAGAAAUGUGUAUAAGCUGA